GAGUUACAUAUCAUUGUAACAUGCCAUUUUUCAUCCCUUACUACUGCAUGUUGUGUCAUUUUCAGUUCCAACAUAUGACACAGCCAAACAAGACAAAAGCACGUAAAGAAUCUUCCGCCUGGGACGAAUCGGGACGCCGCGCCGAUUUGGGCACAACACCGCCUCCGCCUCCUGGCGCUGCCUGUUCAAAACAAAGCCAGCUGUGGGGUGAAUACUAAUCUAAAAGACAGCAGACAAGACAAACAGGCUGGAAAUGGCUCUUAGUUCAUCAGACAUCAUGUCAUCAGAAUCUUUCUCCAACCAUUUAAGUGGAAGUCUGCCAGUGUAUGUGUCCCCUCAAGACAUCACCAAGCACCCUCAGCUUAGCCAUCUGCUGAAGGACCUAAGCCUCCGCCUCACCCCCACGGGCACCCUCAAGAGCACCCACACUCGCCUUGCACAUGCCACUGCUGCCCUCAAGCAUGCCAGAAUGAAAUAUUUAGAAGAAGCAACACUUCAUCGGGUAUCCCAAGAUGUACUUCUGAAAAUGUGUGAUGGGGACGAUAAAGAAGAAAAUAAAAUGAGGAAGAUGCUGGAGGCAGUAACAUUGUCAGAGCUGCAGGAUCACCUCCAGUUGGUGAGGAGCAGUGAUGAGGGGCAACGGGAAGGCAGGAGCAGCAAGAUGCACACAAUGUUCAGUAUUUCGCCUGAAGACUUGUUGGCCAGUUGCAAGGCUCUAAACCCUGGGGCAUACACUGAUGACUUGAGUUAUGCAAUGGAAGUUUGGCUUGAGCAAGAGUGGAUCAAGAUCAGUUCAUUUUUAAAGCCAGUGUAUGGUCUCCUGUUUGACUACAGUAAGAUUCUGAAAAGCCUGUUGUCAAAGCGGCUGUCCCACUACCCAGCACAGCACUUGGCUAACUGCCUUGUUAGCCUCGGCCCACUUCCUUAA